CGUUACCUCUAAAGUCUGAGUGUCGAUUCCUUUCUCUGUACUCAUCCAACGUUGACAUCAAAUAAAAGUUACUAAUUUUUUCAUUUUCCAUUGUAUUUUCAUCAUCUUCAAGGAGAUUUAUAUCAUUUUGGUAGUUCUAUUUGACGAAAUGAUAAUCACGUGGUGUUUUUUUGGUGAUAUUUGAGUGAUUGGUAGUUUUUUGAAUUUACAAUGUGGUCAAGUUUGCAUGGAAAUUUUCUUCUGUUUGUUCUUCAAUUUAUAAUCUUAAUAGUUGAUUGUGGAAGGUACACUGAAAAACAAAGAUACGAUGGCUGGUACAACAAUCUUGCUCAUCCUGACUGGGGAUCUGUUGACAGCAGGCUGAUAAGAAAAAUACCUGCUGCCUAUGCUGACGGGGUUUACAUGAUGGCAGGCCAAGAUAGACCAUCUCCAAGAAAAUUAAGUGACUUAUUUAUGAAAGGAGAUGACGGUAUAGCAUCAACAAAAAAUAAAACAGCACUUUUUGCAUUUUUUGGUCAGCUGGUAACUGCAGAAAUAAUAAUGGCAAGUGAAAGUGGCUGUCCUAUAGAAUUUCAUCGAAUAGAAGUGGAAAAAUGCGAUCAUAUUUUCGAUAAAGAUUGCCAGGGGAACAAAUACAUUCCCUUCUUGAGAGCUAAUUACGAUCGUCGAACUGGUCACAAUCCUAAUAGUCCUCGAGAACAGAUAAAUAAAGUGACUUCUUGGAUCGAUGGAAGUUUUGUUUAUUCAAGCAGCGAAGCUUGGGCAAAUAUUAUGCGAAGUUUUAAAAAUGGCAGUUUUGUCAUGGAAUCAUCAAGUCAAUUUCCUGUCCGGAAUACAAUGAGGGCACCGUUAUUCAAUCAUGCUGUACCUAAUGUUAUGGGAAUGCUUAAUCCUGAACGUCUUUAUUUGCUCGGUGAUCCAAGGACAAAUCAACAUCCAGCACUUUUAACCUUUGGAAUUCUAUUCUAUCGUUGGCACAAUGUCAUUGCCGCUCGUGUCCAAAGGGAGAAUCCAUUGAUGUCAGAUGAAGAUAUUUUUCAACGUGCCAGAAGGAUUGUUGUUGGAACAAUUCAGAAUAUCAUUAUGUAUGAGUAUUUACCUGCUUUAUUGGGUGAAAAACUCAUGGAUUAUUCAGGCUACAAACCGGACCUUCAUCCAGGAGUCAGCCAUAUAUUCCAGAGUGCUGCUUUUCGCUUCGGCCAUACCCUUAUUCCACCGGGAAUUUAUCGACGCGACGAUAAGUGCAACUUUCUAAUGACCCGGACAGGGAAACCCGCAAUACGAUUGUGCAGUACGUGGUGGGAUUCAAACGAAGUAGUAUCAAAUAAUACAAUAGAGCAGUUAAUAAUGGGAAUGGCAUCACAAUUAGCAGAAAGAGAAGAUAAUUUAUUGAAUGAUGAUAUCAGAAAUAAUUUAUUUGGUCCAAUGGAAUUUUCUCGACGAGACCUUGGCGCUCUCAAUAUUAUGCGUGGACGAGAUAACGGUCUACCGGAUUACAACACAGCUAGGACUUAUUUUAAUUUACCGAAAAGGAAGACUUGGGAAGAAAUAAAUCCAGAGAUGUUUAAAAAAAAUCCCGAUAUGCUUCGAGAGCUUAAAGAAAUUCAUGGAAAUAAUUUAAAUAAUAUUGAUGUCUACAUUGGAGGAAUGUUGGAAUCAUCUGAUGGACCUGGAGAACUAUUUACUACUGUAAUAAAAGAACAGUUUGAACGAUUGAGAGAUUCGGAUCGGUUUUGGUUUGAAAAUCAGGAUUCUGGAGUCUUUACAAAAAGUGAAAUUGAUGAAAUAAAACGAGUAACGUUUUGGGACGUCAUAACAAACACAACUCAAAUUAAUCCUGAAUCAAUUCAGAGAAAUGUUUUUGUGUGGACAGAAUCAGAUCCUUGUCCACAACCAGAACAACUUAAAGGAUCAAUGCUUGACUCUUGCGUACCAUUACAAAGAUAUGAUUACUUUGAAGGAAGUGAACUAGUCUAUAUUUAUGCAUGCAUCUUUUUGGGUUUUAUUCCAAUUCUUUGUGCUGGUGCAGGGUAUGGAGUAAUAAAACUUCAAAAUCGUAGAAGAAGAAAAUUGAAAAUUGUUCAAGAAUCUAUUAAACGACGUAGUGGACGCAAUGGAUGUAUCAGUAAUGGUCGAAUAGAUAAGAUGAUUGUUCGAGAAUGGUUACAUGCUAAUCAUAAACGUUUGGUUAAAGUGAAAUUCGGGCCAGAAGCAGCUCUUCAUAUAGUAGAUCGUAAAGGGGAGAAUCUGCGGACGUUCGAUUUUUGUGGGGUCAAUGUAGUCGCUGUUGAAGAGUCUCAGGAAUGUGAGAGCGGUCACGGAAAGGCUUUGGUACUCUUGCGUAUCCCUCGAGACUACGACCUUGUCCUUGAACUAGAUUCACUCAACUCUCGAGGAAAGUUUAUCGCUAAACUGGAGGCAUUCCUUGCCGCCCAUAAGAAACACUUGACUAUAGUACAUACAAAUCGUGACAUAAUGUUGGCUAAAGCUGAAACUAAGGAAAGGAGACAAAAGAAACUCGAACAGUUCUUUCGGGAAGCGUAUGCUUUGACCUUUGGUUUACGUCCGGGUGAAAGGCGACGACGAAGAAGCGAGGAAACCGAAGAUGGUGAGGUAGUAACAGUCAUGAGAACUUCUUUGUCAAAAAGUGAAUUUGCUAGUGCGUUAGGUAUGAGACCUGACGCUGUUUUUGUCAAGAAAAUGUUUAAUAUCGUCGACAAAGAUGGUGAUGGCCGAAUAUCUUUUCAGGAAUUUUUGGAUACUGUUUUACUAUUUUCACGAGGCAAAACUGAAGAUAAACUUCGAAUUAUUUUUGAUAUGUGUGACAAAGAUAGUAAUGGAGUCAUUGAUAAAGAAGAAUUAUCAGAAAUGUUACGAUCAUUAGUCGAAAUAGCUAGAACUACUAGUCUAUCAGACGAUCAUGUGACGGAGCUGAUUGAUGGAAUGUUUCAAGGUGCUGGAUUGGAAAGAAAGGACUAUCUUACGUACAAUGACUUUAAGUUGAUGAUGAACGAGUACAAAGGUGAUUUUGUGGCUAUUGGAUUAGACUGCAAAGGAGCAAAACAAAACUUCCUGGAUACUUCGACAAAUGUUGCUCGUAUGACUAGCUUCCAUAUUGAACAAUUACCUCCAGAAGCAACUAAAUGUUGGAUACGAAAACAAUGGGACGGAAUUUCAACAUUUCUCGAAGAAAAUCGUCAAAAUAUUUUCUACCUUUUCAUUUUUUAUGUCGUGACGAUAGCCCUAUUUGUCGAAAGAUUUAUACAUUACUCAUUUAUGACAGAGCAUACCGAUUUAAGACAUAUCAUGGGCGUAGGAAUUGCCAUAACUCGUGGAUCAGCAGCAGCUCUUUCGUUCUGCUAUAGUCUUUUGCUAUUAACGAUGUCAAGAAAUCUUUUAACAAAGCUGAAAGAAUUUUCUAUUCAACAAUACAUUCCAUUAGACUCUCAUAUUCAAUUCCACAAGAUCGCGGCAUGCACUGCACUCUUCUUUUCUGUUCUUCAUACUGUAGGACAUAUUGUCAAUUUUUAUCAUGUAUCUACGCAACCUAUUUCACAUCUACGAUGUUUAACAAGUGAAAUGAGUUUUCCCAGUGAUGCAAGACCUACAAUAUCUUUUUGGUUAUUUCAAACUAUCACUGGAGUAACUGGUAUUUUACUUGUCAUUGUUAUGACGAUUAUAUUUGUUUUUGCACAUCCAACUAUUCGGCAGAAAGCAUAUAAAUUUUUUUGGUCAACUCACAGCCUCUACAUUUUACUUUAUGCUUUGUGUUUAAUUCACGGAUUAGCAAGACUAACGGGAGCUCCAAGAUUUUGGAUAUUUUUUGUUGGUCCUGGAAUAAUUUACGCUUUGGACAAGGUUGUAAGUCUUCGGACCAAGUACAUGGCUCUGGAUAUAAUUGAAACAGAAUUGCUUCCCUCCGAUGUGAUAAAAAUAAAAUUCUAUCGUCCUCCAAACCUUAAGUAUCUUUCUGGUCAAUGGGUACGACUAGCUUGUACUGUGUUUGGAUCUAACGAGUUUCACUCGUUUACAUUGACCUCGGCACCGCAUGAAAACUUUCUCUCAUGUCAUAUCAAGGCUCAGGGACCUUGGACAUGGAAACUUAGAAGCUAUUUUGACCCAUGUAAUUAUAAUCCAGAAGAUGAACAUCCAAAAAUUCGAAUUGAAGGUCCAUUUGGAGGUGGUAAUCAAGAUUGGUAUAAGUUUGAGGUUGCUGUGAUGGUAGGAGGUGGUAUAGGCGUUACUCCAUAUGCUUCAAUGUUAAAUGAUUUAGUUUUCGGCACUUCCACUAACAGAUAUUCUGGUGUUGCUUGUAAAAAGGUUUAUUUUCUGUGGAUUUGCCCCUCUCAUAAACAUUUUGAGUGGUUUAUUGACGUUCUAAGAGAUGUUGAACGUAAAGACGUAACUGAUGUCUUAGAAAUUCACAUAUUUAUAACUCAGUUCUUUCACAAAUUUGAUCUUCGAACAACUAUGCUUUAUAUAUGUGAAAAUCAUUUCCAAAGACUGUCAAAAAAGAGUAUAUUCACGGGACUGAAAGCAAUUAAUCAUUUCGGUAGACCAGACAUGACAUCUUUUCUUAAAUUUGUGCAAAAAAAACACAGCUAUGUUAGUAAAAUAGGGGUAUUUAGCUGUGGACCUCGACCUUUAACAAAAAGUGUUAUGUCUGCUUGUGAUCAAGUGAAUAAAGGUCGAAAAUUGCCAUAUUUCAUUCAUCAUUUCGAAAACUUUGGAUAAUAUAAAUUAUCUUCAUUAGGCAUCAAUG